UUUCAUACAUUAUUCUCCUUCCUACGUGAAAUAAUCUAAGUACUGCCACCAUUGAUUUUGCCCAGCUAUCCGAUCCAAAAUCCAUGAGUUCAGAAGAGCAGAUAAUAACCCAGAAGAAAGAAGCGGCAGAAAUGGCGGCCAUGGAAGAUCAGAAACAAGAAGAAGAGGAGUUGCCGUCGUCGGAGGGGCGUUUGCCGCCGUGGAAUAAGCAGAUAACGGUGAGGGGAGUGGUGGCGAGCGCCGUAAUUGGAUGCAUUUACAGCGUGAUAGCUAUGAAGCUGAAUCUCACCACCGGAAUCACUCCCAACUUCAACGUCUCCGCCGCCCUGCUGGCCUUCAUCUUCGUCAGAACAUGGACUAAGCUCCUUCGCAAGCUCGGGAUUUCAUCGGCGCCGUUCACUCGCCAGGAGAAUACGAUGAUCCAGACCUGUGCGGUCGCCUGCUACAGCAUUGCAAUCGGAGGGGGACUAGGAUCGUACUUGUUGGGGAUGAACAAGAAAACAUAUGAGCUUGCAGGGGUUGAAACAGUUGGGAACAAUCCUAGCAGUUACAAGAAACUUGAGAUUGGGUGGAUGACUGGCUACCAGCUUGUGGUUUGCUUCAUUGGCCUUUUUGUGUUGAUUCCUCUCAGAAAGAUCUUGAUAAUUGACUACAAAUUGACCUUUCCAACUGGAAUGGCAACUGCGGUUCUCAUCAAUGGAUUCCAUGCCAAGAGUGAUAAGAUGGCAAGAAAACAAGUGAAGGGAUUCAUGAAGUUUUUCUCUGGGAGCUUUGUGUGGGCUUUCUUUCAGUGGUUUUACACUGGGAAAGAGGAGUGUGGGUUCUCACAGUUCCCAACUUUUGGAUUGAAGGCCUGGAAACAAACAUUCUUCUUCGACUUUAGUUUGACUUAUGUGGGAACUGGGAUGAUCUGCCCCCAUAUUGUGAAUGUGUCGGUUCUUCUUGGGGCUAUCAUCUCCUGGGGUGUAAUGUGGCCUGUUGUGGCGAAGUUGAAGGGAGAAUGGUUCCCUGCAAGCAUCCCUGAAUCCAGUAUGAAAAGCCUUAAUGGCUACAAGGUCUUUAUCUCCAUUUCCCUCCUCCUAGGUGAUGGGCUCUACAACUUCACCAAGAUAUUAUGUAUCACUCUCUUAAGCAUUCUUGACAAGGUCAAAAAAAGAACCGCAGAUCCUGCAGCAGUAGAGCAGAGCAAGACGAGAGCAGAGCUGAGAAAAGACGAAAUAUUCAUGAGAGACAGGAUUCCGAUGUGGGUAGGUGGUGUUGGGUACGUAACCUUGGCGAUCAUCGCGGUGAUCGCUAUACCCAUCAUCUUCCCCGAGGUGAAAUGGUACUGGGUAAUCCUCGCCUACGUGAUCGCUCCCUCUCUGGCCUUCUGCAACGCCUAUGGCGUAGGCUUGACCGACAUAAACAUGGCCUACAACUACGGCAAACUGGGGCUGUUCAUGAUGGCGGCGAUGGCCGGAAAACAGCACGGCGUCGUGGCGGGCCUCGCCGGCUGUGGGUUGAUCAAGUCAAUCGCCAACGUUUCCUGCAAUUUGAUGAUAGAUUUCAAGACGGGGCAUCUCACUAUGACUUCUCCGAGGGCUAUGUUUCUCAGCCAGGCCAUCGGGACUGUGAUUGGCUGUGUUGUGGCGCCGCUCAGUUUUUUUCUGUUUUACACGGCGUUUGAUAUCGGCAACCCCGCCGGAGAGUUUAAGGCGCCGUAUGCGCUUAUCUAUAGAAAUAUGGCGAUUCUUAGCGUGGAAGGGUUCUCGGCUUUGCCGCGUCACUGUUUGCAGCUCUGUUAUGGGUUCUUUGGGUUUGCGAUUCUUGUUAAUUUCGUUAAAGAUCUUUCUCCGCCUAGGAUUAAGAAGUUUAUGCCGCUACCCAUGGCGAUGGCGGUGCCGUUUCUCAUUGGAGGGUACUUUGCCAUAGAUAUGUGUGUUGGGAGUUUGGUUGUGUUCUUGUGGCAGAAAUUGAAUGCCGGGAAGGCGGAAGUUAUGGUUCCGGCGGUGGCUUCCGGGAUGAUCUGUGGAGAGGGUUUGUGGAUUCUUCCGGCUUCUAUUCUUGCCUUGGCUAAAGUCAGUCCACCUAUUUGCAUGAAGUUCUUGCCUUCUUGAAGAGUCUUCAUUUUUAAUAGGAUGUUAGAGUAACAAUAUAAUAUGAGUUAAUACCAUAUGAGGUACUCCGAAUAUAGUGUUUUUUGUCACAUUUAGUCUUAAAAUUUCAAAUUAACCAUUCGUAAUUUUUUGACUUUCAAAUUGUUACUGUCACUGGUCCAAGUUAACCGUAACAGUCAUGAUCCUUCAAUUAUCAAAUUUUAACCGGUCAGGUUAUUUCAGGAGGAUCAUGGCUGGUUAAAUUCUGAAAAUUAAAGGACAAUGUGUGGUUAAUUUGGACCACAGAUGUUAACAAUUUGAAAGUCGAACAAUCACGAAUGUUUAAUUUAAAAGUUUAAGAUUAAACAUUCUCAAAAAAGAAAAAAGUUUAAGAUUAAAUGUGACAAAACUACUCUACCCAAAGAACCUAUAUGACAUUAACUCAUAUAUAAUAUAAUAGCUAGGACGUACACAAACAAAUUAAGUGUUAAUAGAGUUGAAUCCGCAGGACUAGCGCAGUUCAUCCCAUAUACCACAUUUUAUUAUAUAUAAAAUGAUACAAAUUAUUAUACAUUUAAGGGAAAACAGCACUUUUGGCC